GCCGCGGCCUCAGCAUGGCCGGCUUCGCCGACCUGAACCUGCCGCAAGGGCUGGACAAGAAGUCCCUGCAGAGCCUGCUGGAGGCCGCGGCUCACCUGGGAUAUUCUGCAGUUGCACUUAAUCAUGUCAUCGACUUUAAAGAAAAGAAACAGGAAAUCAUCAAGCCAGUAUCCCCUUCAGAGUUGUUUCCAUCUUUACCUAUUGUACAAGGGACAUCUAAAAAAAUUAAAGUCUUGACCCGGUUAACACUUGUUGUUUCUGAUCCUUCCCACUGUAAUCUCUUGAGAUCGACAUCUGCAAAUAUAAGGUUAUAUGACAUCAUAGCAGUAUUUCCAAAAACUGAGAAACUGUUCCAUAUUGCUUGCACGACACUAGAUGUGGAUCUGGUCUGCAUAAAUGUAACAGAAAAGCUGCCAUUCUACUUCCGAAGGCCCCCUGUGAAUAUGGCAAUAGAUCGAGGCAUUUACUUUGAACUUCUUUACACGCCUGCCAUCAAAGACUCUACAAUGAGAAGAUACACGAUUUCAAAUGCCAUCAGCCUGAUGCAGAUCUGCAAAGGAAAGAAUAUAGUUAUAUCUAGUGCAGCUGAAAGGCCUCUAGAGCUCCGAGGUCCUUAUGAUGUGGCUAAUCUAGGUUUGCUGUUUGGCCUCCCAGAAGGCGAAGCAAAGGCAGCUGUGUCCACCAACUGCAGGGCCACCAUGCUGCAUGGAGAAACUCGAAAGAGUGCCUGUGGCGUGGUCUACACAGUGAAGAAGCCUCGCAAGGUUGAGGAGGAAGAAACAGCAGUGCCAGCAUGCAAAAAAGCUAAGACUCAAGCUUGAGGACUGAACCAGUUGUCAACAGAAGCCUCUGUCUCUUCUUUACCCAGUGUUGAGUCUUCCUCCAACCUCCAGCUGAUCUAAUUUUUCCCUUACUACCUUGCUUAGCCUGCAGAAGAACUAUUCUUCCAGCAUUCAAGUGAGGAAAACUGUGACUGAGACUGCUGAACCAUAUUCACCACAUCUGAAAGGUCACGCUGGGCUUCUGGCCAAGGUCAGGAAACUGACUUUUCACCCUGCCUUAUGUCUCCUGGAGUUAAUGCAAACUCAACAUGGAAAUUUUCACUUGUACUCUUGCAUUCCUUUUUUAUUAAAACCAUGUCUAAGAACACAUGCCUUCAUAGUUUAGCUCUUCUGAUUUCUCAAGUUUUAAACGCAUCUCUGUACAACUGCAAGCCAGUAGAUGAAGUUUACCUUCAAGUGGCCUAUGAAGAAGAAUAAUAAUACAGUAAAAAAAAUAAAUUGCUUCCUAUUCAGUUUUAUGAUCAUGAAGAUCCCAGGAUUUGUCAGUUACUCAGAGGUAUCUUGGAUUCGGGUUACAGCAGGAGUUACUGACCUGACUUGUCAGAUACCUAUCCCAAAGGCCAUCUGUGUCCUCAGCUCUUAAAUCCAAACAGAUGUUAGAUCCAUUAGAUGUUUGCCAGAGAUGGGAAGGAAGAGCCUGAGGUUACACUGAGUGUGUGCUCAGCAGGGGAUGUUGCAGUGUAGGAGCUGUCUCACCUAGGCCUGAGCAGCCUCCACCUCACAUCAUCUUUACUGCACCAUUUCCUUCUUUACUUCCUGCUCUGGAAUUACCUAUGCACAUGUUCAUUUUGCUGCCUCUUGCUUUUCUGUUUUCCUUCAUUUUAAUUCCUCAGUAAACCAAAUCUGGCUGCCAAAAAACCAAUCAAACAGAUAUAAUCAGCAGAGCAUUUUUGGAGCUCUUCCUAAUGUUGACUGAAGUUUUUCUUUUCAUUAAAUGAAUAUAAAACUCACAUAAGCUACUGUAGUAAGAUACUGUUGAGCCAUUUUUACUGUGAGUAUUCCGGUUCUCUGCCAGUGCCCAACAGCAAGUUGAAAAGUGGAAGUGGUAACAUGUAAAAUAUACUGCAGAAAUCCUGCAGUGGGUCAUUUUUGAGCUCUUGGUGACUGGACUGAACAGUAUAGAUUAAGUUCUCGUAGAUUUAACAGUUCUAUAUAACGCUGGUGUAAGUCACAACAGGUUUUGCUUCAUUCAGCAAUUACAAAAUAUAUUUCCUGUAUGUUAUUAGUUGUUAAAUUUGUGACUUGAGUCCAUUUUAUUACAUGUAUUGGGGAGUUUUUUAUAUAUAUGUUUUUUAUAUGUGUGUGUGUGUAAAUAUAUAUAUAUGCAUUAAGUAUUUAUGGUAUUACCUCUAAAAUGAUGCUCUAACCAGAGAAGAAGCAAACUGUGUUUGGUGCAGUUUUCUGAAUGACAUUAAUCCUGCCUUGGACAGAGAAUAACCUACCUUGAACAUGACAGAAGAUCUUUGGUAACUGACAUAUGGAAGGAGGCUUUGAAUGCUUGAGAUCCUUUUUGCUGCUUGUUUGACUUUAAAAAAUUAAACUCUUCAUCUUUGUCCUUUAUUAGACACAGUGCUUUAGGAGCUGAUUGAAAAGUUUCUUCUCCCCCAGUUUCCUGAAGCACAUUGCUGUGGCCACCUGGGUGCCUGAAUGCUGCUGCUCAGGUGAUAAACAGACUGAGUGAGCCAGCACUGAUCAUUUCUGUUUCCUGCAAGGCUUGCUCCCAGUGUCCAGGUAAUUGGGCAGAAACAAGCAGGGAAGCUGUGGCUUGCAGCAAAGGGCAGCAAUUGAAGGUGUGCUGUAAUUUCUAGAGAAGGAUGUAUGCACAAAUUUGGCCUAUGGUAAUUAGGAAUUUAACUGAAUGCAGCACCUAAAUACCCCUCUACUCUGCUCUCUCCCACCUGGAGUGCUGUGUCUGGGCAGCACAGGAAGAACAUGGAGCUGUUGGAGUGUGUCCAGAGGGUCACAAAGCUGGGAAGAGGGAUGGAGCAUUUCUGUGUGGAACUGCUAAGAGAGCUGGGGUUGUUCAGCCUGGACAAUGGAAGGCUCCAGCGCCACCUUAUUGGGGCCUUUCAGUAUUUAAAGGGGACUUAUAAGAAAGAUUUCUCCACAAUUUUCAUCACAGCUUGUGAUGGGUUUAAUCUAAAAGAAGGUGGAUUUAGUUUGGAUGGAAGAAAGAAGUCUUUUACAAUGAGGGUGGUGAAGCACUAGAACAGGUUGUCCAGAGAGGUGGUAGAUAUCCUAUCCCUGGAAACGUUCAAGGCCAGGGGGGACAGGGUUCUGAGCAACCUGAUCUUGUUGAAAAUUCUCUGCUCGUUGCAGAGGGGUUGGAAUAGAUGAGCUUUAAAGGUCCUUUCCAGCCCAGAUUGUUCUAUGAUUCUAUGAAAUGGGACAUCAGGCCCUGGCUGACAGCGCUGAAGGUUGUCUUGCUUCUGCUAAGGCAAGGAAGAAGUGUCUGCCUUUCCUAACAGUACUUGACAUCUCUCUUGGCUUGGAUAACUGGAACUGUCUCGUGUUUCACAUAGUGACUAAGAAAUUAUAUUUUUUAAAUCAAACUCAGUAAUGGAACUGUAACUUUCUUUUACUAGCUAUUCAAAGUAUGGUGUUUCUGCUUUCACAUGUGUCUCCAUUUAACUAAGUCAGUCAGAUGGGGUUUAUCUAACAGUGGCAGGGAGGUUGCUCAAGGGAUGGCUGCUCUUGGCAGCUGAGACUUUUUUUAAUUUUUAAGAAUUUUACAGCAGACACGCUGUGAACUUUCUUUAAAGAGAAACAGAAUUACCCCAUGCAUGCUCACCACUCCAGCAAGUAAAAAGAACCACUCUAUUAAUUUAAUCUGAAAUGGAUCCGUUCAAAAUUUACAGAAAAAGCAGUACAAAUUUACAAAUAUACAUAAUCUGAUUUUGCAUUCUUCUAUCAUCAUACUUUGUAGUAGUCAAAUUUUAAAAAAAUUCACUUCCCUGAUACAGUCUCCUCUCACCUUCACAACAUUGUAUCUGAAUCCUUCAGUCCAGAGGUGUACAUGGUGGCUGCAGCUCUGUCCUCGAGCUCGUUAGCAACCACCAUUGCCAAACCCUGAGUAAACACCAUUACUGAACUACUUCAUUAAAUCCACUUGGCACCUCAGUAUACCUUCUUCCAUUGCUCUUCCACAUACCGCCACUCAAUUCACAGGUUAUUUUAGUAGUGAGACAAGGCAACAGUUGCAAGUAUUUGCUAUUUAGAGCUAUUGGAAGGCUUGAGGAAAGUUGCUAAUCUAGUUGAAAAUGCUGCCAUUUAAGACAAAAGGAUUUGUGUUGCUGGCAAAAAUUGCAUUUAGACCAUCUAUAAAAAAAAAAAAAAGCUUAAAUAAUGAGCAUCAUUAAAAAUUACUUUUAAAUAAAUAAUAAAUAAA